GGGCUUGGACGGGCGGGCAAGUCGUGCCGGGCCUCCCUUUUGGACGCUCCCCGUGGAAAGGAAGGAAUGAGCCGGGCGGCGGGGGCGGCGCUGCUGCUACUGCAGCUCUGAGACAGGAACGGCCGCCAGGAUGGCUUCUGUUGCCCCCACCGACUUCUCUGCACUGUAAGCGUCUCUCGCAGAGAAGAAUGGAACUCCUUGAAGAAGACCUUACAUGUCCCAUUUGUUGUUGCCUGUUUGAUGAUCCACGAGCAUUACCUUGUUCACAUAACUUCUGUAGAAAAUGUUUGGAAGGGAUCUUAGAGGGAAAUACUCGGAAUGUGAUUUGGAGACUAUCACCUUUUAAAUGUCCCACGUGUCGAAAGGAAACUACAGUAACAGGAGUUAACAAUCUCCAAGUUAACUAUUCACUAAAAGGCAUCGUGGAAAAAUAUAACAAGAUUAAAAUAUCAACAAAAAUGCCUGUCUGUAAAGUGCACAGUGGUCAGCCUCUUAAUAUUUUUUGCCAGACAGACACACAACUUAUAUGUGGCAUUUGUGCCACUCGAGGAGAUCACAUAAAACAUAUCUUUUGCUCUAUUGAGGAUGCUUACUGUCAAGAAAAGCGUGCUUUUGAAACACUGUCCCAGGUGUUUGAAGCAUGGCAUUGUGGAGAUGCACUUUCUCGACUAGGAACGUUGGAAACCAGCAAACGAAAAGCUCUCCAGAUGUUAACAAAGGAUUAUGACAGAGUAAAAGAUUUUUUUGAGAAAUUACAGUAUACCUUGGAACAAAAGAAGAAUGAGAUUCUCUCAGACUUUGAAACCAUGAAGCUUGCAGUUAUGCAGGCUUAUGAUCCAGAAAUCAACAAACUGAACACUAUCAUACAAGAACAGCAAACUGCGUUUAAUAUUGCAGAAACAUUUAAGGAUGUAUCUGAACCCAUUGUGUUUUUACAACAGAUGCAAGAAUUUAGAGAGAAAAUCAAAGUGAUAAAGGAAACUACAUUGCCUUGUAUUACUAUAGACAUCAAAUCUACAAUUAAGGAUGUUGAUACUAAUCAGUGGGAACAAUUUAAGCUAGCAGAUGUGGAUAAACUUUCACUACCUCAAGAGAAAAGCUCUUUCAAUUGGGUGACAAAUUCCUUCCUUUCACCACGUUUUUUUGUACCUGCUUUAAUUUGUUUGCUGAUGGUUGUUAUUCAAGUAUGUGUUCCAGAUUUUUGGGACAAAACUUUUCAGUAUUGGAAAACACUUGUUUCUGCGUUUGGCACAGGUUAUCUCACAGACCCAACAGAGAUGGCAGAUCAUGCUAUUUUAUACUGGGAAAAAGUAGCAGAUAGUGCUGCUGUUCUAAGUGAAAAAUGUGUAAAUUAUAUCCAUGUGUUGUUGAAUAAUGUUGCCCAAUUUGUGUCUAUGUAUAAACUUUUAUAACUCUAUUCAUGUUCACGAAGCAUAUUUUCAAAAUCCGUGAGUUUGGUUUUUUUUUAAUGUAAACAUUUUUGAUAUUUGAAAUGGUCUUGAUAGUUCAUGUAUUAAACUAUUCUGUAACUCGUGUUAAAAGCUGACUACCUUUCUGAUGUUUUCUGAAAGUAAAAUUACAUGACUUAUUUUUUUAUUAGAAAGUAAUGUGUAUAGUGGAACAUAUAAACCUUUUUGAUUUAUAAAGUGUUUGAAUUUCAAAUUGGAGUGUAAGUUGGAAAUAUGUUUGCAUGGAGAUAUAAUACACAAAUAAUGAUUGUAUAUUGCUACCACAAAUCAUGGUCCUUCAGAAAUACUGCAAAUUUUGUAAUUUGUUAAUAAAUAGGAACAUAGGAAGUAACAAAUUGUUAACUUUUGUAUGUUUAUAAGCAACAAAUGAAAUCGGAACAUCUUGGGCUUGCAAAUCACAAGGUUUUUUUUACAACUAACAGUUACAGCUAUGUAGACUUGUCAAUGGCCAAAUCUAUGGAAUGUUAUACAAGUUCAUGCUGUUAGGGAGGUAUGCAGUGUGGGUUCCAGAUCCUGUUCCAACCGGUACGGUUGGAACGCACCUGGUGUAGCCCACGUGGGUGCGCACAGUGCACGUAUGCACAUGCAUUGUAGCUGCUAGUGAUGCUUCUGCAAGCAUCCGUGACGCUCCAGCUGCUUGGUGGAGUGUCG